AUGGAGUCGUUCGUCAUCAAGACCCCUUGCUCGAGCGCCAACAUCGGGCCCGGCUUCGAUGUCAUCGGUCUUGCCCUCACCGUCUACCUCGAGCUCCAUGUCACCAUUGACCGAUCCAAGACGUCGACCGAGGAGCCGCUCAAUUGCAGAAUAACCUACGAGGGCCAGGGCGAGGGCACCGAGGACAUCAGUCUCGACCCGCAGAGCAACCUGAUCACCCGUGUCGCGCUGUACGUGCUGAGAUGCCAUGACCAGCGCGCGUUCCCGGUUGAGACGCAUGUGCACAUUAAGAACCCCAUCCCCUUGGGCCGGGGGUUAGGAAGCUCGGGAGCUGCUGUAGUUGCUGGUGUGAUGUUGGGAAAGGAGGCGGGUGGGCUGAAGAAUCUGGAUCUGGACCGACUUUUCGACUAUUGUUUAAUGAUUGAAAGACAUCCAGACAAUGUGGGCGCCGCCUUGUUUGGCGGCUUCGUCGGUACCUACCUGAUGCCAUUGAACCCCGAAGACGCUGCGAGAAUAGAAAUUCCUCUUUCCGAAGUCCUUCCUUCGCCAGCUGGCGGCGUUGAUACGGGAAAGAAGCCUCCCUCGCCGCCAGUCGGCAUCGGCCACCACAUCAAGUUCCCCUGGGCCAAGGAGAUCAAGGCGGUCGCCAUCAUUCCCGACUUUAUCGUGCCCACGGCAUCGGCGAGAGCUGUUCUUCCGGAAAAGUAUCCACGCCAGGAUGUGACAUUCAACCUCCAACGAAUUGCCCUUCUCCCCGUCGCCCUGGGCCAGUCGCCGCCGGAUCCCGAACUCAUCCAUCUCGCCAUGCAGGACAAGAUCCACCAGCCCUACCGCCAGACCCUUAUCCCGGGUCUCACAGAAGUCGUCGAAUCAAUGUCUCCCAAGACCCAGCCUGGCUUUCUGGGCGUGUGCCUCUCUGGUGCGGGUCCUACGAUUCUGGCGCUCGCAACAAGCAACUUUGAGGAGAUUGCAAAUAAGAUCAUCGCCACGCUGAGGCAAUACAACGAGAAGAAGGAUUUAGCCUGCGAAUGGAAGAUUUUGGAACCUGCCGAGGGUACGCAUGUAGUUCGAUAG